AUGUCCACGUUUGGAAGCGCGGCUCGAAAUGAAGCUUCGUCCUCUUUGUGGAAGGAGAAUCUUGCGGCGCAGCUAAUCUGCCCCGAGUGUAAGGAGAACCCUCCUAACCUCCGAACGCCUGAUUCCCACGAGACAAUCUGUGCCUCCUGUGGCCUCGUUCUUGCAGAUCGAGAAAUCGAUCAGCACUCGGAGUGGCGUACCUUUUCAAAUGACGAUCAAAAUAACGAUGAUCCGUCUCGAGUCGGUGAUGCUGCCAACCCGUUACUCAAUGGAAAUCAGCUUGAGACACAUAUUUCAUAUGGGCAAGGCGGCGCGAAGGCUCGCGAAUUGCAUCGUGCUCAGAAUAAAUUAUCAAGCGAGAAGACCAAUCGAGCUUUGCUUGCGGCAUACAAAGAGAUUGGCGCUCUUUGCGAUGGUUUCAAUAUCCAAAAGAACGUUGCGGACACCGCCAAGUACCUGUUCAAGGUUGUUGAUGAUGCCAAGGCUUUCAAGGGCAAGUCCCAGGAUGUUAUCAUCGCCGGAUGCAUCUUCAUAGCCUGUCGCCAAUGCAAAGUUCCGCGUACUUUUACCGAAAUCUUUGCUUUGACUCGAGUGUCGAAGAAGGAAAUUGGAAGGAUAUACAAAGCCCUGGAGAAGUUUUUCACUGCACAGAACCUGGAGAGGAUCAACUCUGUGGUCUCCAGUGGAGGCGUGCCAGAUCCCAAUGAAACUUAUACCACGACUACCUCUACGAAGCCUAGUGAACUUUGCAGCCGCUUCUGCAACUUGCUUGAUCUACCCUUUCAGGUAACGAACGUGUCUUCGGCCCUCGCCGAUCGAGUUACGUCAAUGGGCGAUCUCGCCGGCCGGUCCCCUCUAUCUAUUGUUGCUGCAUCCAUCUAUAUGGCUUCAUUCCUAGUGGGCCAGGGCAAGUCGGCGAAAGAAAUUUCAGCUGUUGCCCAUGUUAGUGAUAGCACUAUUCGUGGCGCUUAUAAGCAGCUGUAUGCCGAGAGGGAGCGAUUGAUUGAUCCUACUUGGAUAAAGGAUGGCAAAGGCGAUUUGAAUAACCUUCCACCUACUUAA